CGCAUUCUCGUGCAAACUCAAGAUGUUGAGACUGGUCAUGGCCAACUGGUACAUGUGUGGCUCUAUGAAUCAGGAUGUCCGCCGCUUGAAGGACGGGAUAGUUGCCGAGAUGUGGUACCCCGGUAGGCUGGAUACCGGAGAAGAUGACCCUUGGCGAUGCUUCAGCACUGUAGAAGCGCUCGGUAGAUCGGCAAGAUGCCCUGGACCGGCAAGCCCUCACAAGAGGAACGUCAGCGGCUUCUACUCGGAGGAGAGACAACGCGGUGGUUGCUGGACCCUCUAUACCACAAUCAGACUUCUCGCCAAAUCAGACACAAACACCAAAUCACCCAUCAAGUCAGCCGUCGCCAUGUCGUGGGCCGGCUUCAAGAAGAACGUCAACAGGGCUGCCACCCAGGUCAUGGUCAAGACCGGCCAUGUCGAGCAGACCCACGAUCGCAGCUAUGAAGUCGAGGAACGCCGCUACAGAGUCAUGGAAAACGCCGCCACCCGUCUCCAGAAGGAAUCAAAGGGUUACCUGGACAGCUUGCGCGCAAUGACUGCCUCGCAGAUGCGCAUUGCAGAGACAAUCGACGCUUUCUACGGAGACGCCGGCGCCAAUGAUGGUGUCUCGCGCAGCUACAAGCAGGCUGUCGAAGACCUGGAUGCAGAGACUAUCAAGGCCUUGGAUGGUCCUUUCCGCUCUACUGUCCUUGACCCCAUCAACCGCUUCUGCGCAUACUUUCCUGACAUCAACGAGCNNAUAAAGAAGCGCAACCACAAACUCCUCGACUACGACCGCGUCCGCGCCCAAGUAAAACGCCUGACCGAAAAGCCCGACAAGGACGUGACCAAACUGCCCCGCACCGAAAAGGAAGCAGAAAUGACCCGCGCCGCCUACGAACAACUCAAUGAACAGCUCUUCAACGAACUGCCCCAACUUAUCGAACUCCGCGUCCCUUACCUUGAUCCAUCAUUCGAGGCCCUCGUCAAGAUCCAGUUGCGCUUCUGUGCAGAGGCUUACUCGAGAAUGGCUCAGGUGCAGCAGUACUUGGAUCCCGACACCAGAGAUCAGUAUGCCAAUGGCAAUUUGGAUGCUAGAGUUGAGCAGGUCUUGCAGGAGAUUCGUGAGCUGAGCAUUGCUGGCACUGUU